AUGCCAAAGUUUACCCUUUUUCACUUGUGCGUCGUAGCUGCAAGUCUGUACAUAGUUUCUGCUGUUACUGAGGAAGAGAUAAAAGCCUUUCGUAAAGCGAUACGCCCAAUUAUAGAAACGUGUUCUGAGGAAUACGGCGUGGUUAGCGGUGAUGUUCAGACUGCCAAGGACAACAAAGAUGCCAAUGCUGUAAAACCCUGCUUCACAGAAUGUGUUUUGAGGAAAAUAGGAAUUUUGGAUACCAAUGGUUAUUACGAUGCAGAGCGAGGUCUUCAUGGUCUUAGAAAGUUUGUAAAGAAUGAUGAAGAUUUCGCGAAGUUUCAAGUCGUUGCUAUGAAAUGCACGAAAGUGAACGACAUACCUGUCAGCAAAGAUGAAACUCGUUGUGAUAGAGCCAUGUUAGUUUUGGGGUGCGGCUUUGAUAAUAUAGCUGAGAUGCCGCUCAAGUAA